AUCACAUUUAUUAGCGUGUGGCGUUUCGUUCUGUGUGAGGAGGAAGAAGAGCAGCGGCGUCGCCGUAGAGGCGGCCGUUGGGCGCGCGGCGGCAAAAGUCCUGCCAAGUGGCCGCGAGGACGAAACGGGGGCGCGCCUGAGAGCCGCGCGCACGCGCACUGAAAGGGGAAAAAAGCAGACCUGACACUCGCCAGCUGUUCGGGCUCCUCCUCAGUCCCCCUCCCCUCCCUUUCUCCCCCACUCUUCUCCCUUUCCCCUCCCUCGCUGCCCCGGUGCAUUGUGGGCGCAGUCCGUUGUUCAUUUGCCAUUCGACCUGGGGCCGGGGCCUUGGUUGGGGCGGAAGGACUUUAGCCGGAUCUAUUGUGGGGGAGAGAGCUGGAGAAGGCGGCGGCGGCGGCGGCGACGAGAGGCUGAGGAGACUGAUCCCCCGGAGAAGACUUUAUAACGCUCCGCUGCUUUAUUUAUUCUUUUUUAAAACGUUCCAAACUGACUGGAGGGGGGCUUUGAUUGGCUGGCUCUCCUGUCUGUCCACCCCCCGCUCCCUCCCGCCCCCCCAGCGCUUUAACAGUCACAGCAAGGGAAGGAAAGGGGCAGUUGGGCGCCGGAGGGAGGGAGGCCGGAGGGAGGGAGGGGGCGCGCUCUCGCUCGCUCUCUCUCUCGCUCCCUCUCGCCCGCCAUGUUCGCCGAGAUGAACCGCAGGACCUUGGCCUUCCGGGGGGGCGGCCUGGUCAGCGCCGCCUCAACAGCAGCGGCGGCCGCGGCCGUCGUAGCAACAACCGCAGCCGCCGGCGGCGACGUGAGUCCGACUCCUAACGGCGAGGAGGCCUGGGUCCAGCCGGAGAAUGCUCUGAACGGCCAGGAAGAGGAGGAGGAGGAGGAGGAAGUGGAGCUGGAGACCGUGGAGCUGGAGGCGUCCGAGUUAGAAGCCCCGGACGCGGCCGGGAAGGAGGUUUUAACCCCGGCCGUCCCGAUGUUCCCUGAGAGGAACCGCCGGACCUUGGCCUUCCGAGGCGGAGGGGCUUCGUUGUCGUCCUCGUCGGUGGCGAACAAUGGCGAGACGGUGCCUCCGCCGCCGUGGCCCCAGCGGCGCCCGUUGAACGGGGACGAGGAGCUGGAGCUGCUGCUGGAGGGGAAGGCGGCGCCGGGGGCGGCGGACGGGGCCUCGCUGAGCGAGAGCAGCGAGGAGGAAGAGGAGGAGGACGAGGGCGAAGGGGACGAGGGCGGCAGCUGCAGCAGCAGCCGGGGCGAGGAGGCGGAGGCCAGCGGGGAAGCCGCCCCUCCGCCGCCCUCCUUCCAGCCGCUCCCUUCCCGGGCCAAGUCGCUCCUGCACAAGCUCCACGUCUCCUUCCAGAGCUCCUGGCUGAAGGAGUUCCCGUGGCUCCAGUACUGCCAGCAGACCGGGGUGGCCUCCUGCGCCUGGUGCGGCGGACACGACGACUUGGGCAAGGGCACCCGCCGCUACAAGCGCGCCCUCUUCCUCAGGCACCACCUCUCCGCCGAGCACCGCCUCAACGACCCGGGAGCCGCCGCCGCCGCCGCAGAGCAGGAAUCAGAAAUUGCAUCGGAAUUGGCUAAUGAGAGAGAUUAUGAUUACAACAUUAGGCCAAAUGAGAACUCUUACUGCUAUCAACUAUUACAAGAAUUAAAUGAGCAGAGAAAAAAGGGCAUCCUCUGUGAUGUCAGUAUUGUGGUGAGCGGAAGAGUCUUCAGGGCUCACAAAAAUAUCCUGGUUGCAGGCAGCCGUUACUUCAAGACUCUGUAUUGCUUUACAAACAAAGAAAACCGUAACCAAACCACUGUUACCUACUUGGAUGUUGUUGCUGUUCAAGGCUUUUCUGUCAUCUUGGACUUUUUGUAUUCUGGUAACCUUGUGCUUACAAGUCAGAAUGCAAUUGAAGUGAUGUCAGUGGCCAGCUACCUUCAAAUGACAGAGGUUGUCCAAUCCUGUCGUAAUUUUAUCAAAGAUGCCUUAAAUAUAAGCAUAAAAUCAGAAGCACCGGAAGCUGUAGUUGUGGAUUACAAUAGAAGGUCUGUUAGUAGGGAUGGGUUGUCUUCAAGGGAUCAGAAAGUUGCUAGUUUUUGGGCCACACGAAAUCUUACUAACUUGGCAAGCAGUAUAAAAACUGAAAAUGAUGGCUACUGUAUUGACGAAAGCCAAUCUGACAAUUACCAAAUGAAUGACUGGGUUCAAGACAGCUCACCUGAAACGGCUGAAAAUGAAUCUCAAGGAGAGGGGAAGGUCUUUGUGUGGAAUGAUAUGGGCUCACAGGGACAAUCGCUUCAAGAACCCGGAAAAGCUAGAAGGAAAAACCAAGCUGCAAAAAGGUUUGUUUACAAUAUUCCACCCAGUAAUGAAGAAACAUUAGAAGACUGCUCAACCCCACAAGCAUCAAUCCAGUACCCAGAAGACAUGCAGUUCAUCAAAGAAGAAGCAGGUACCUCAAAUGAUUUCAAGUUUGGAAUGUUUCCGGGUAUUUCAAGUGAUUUCAAGUUUGGAUUGUUACCAGGUACUUCAAACGAUUUCAAGUAUGGAUUGUUACCUGAAUCCUGGCCUAAGGAAAACUGGGAAAAUGGUGACUCUUCUUUAAUCAUGAAUAAACUGAAGUGUCCACACUGUAACUAUGUAGCCAAAUACAGAAGAACACUAAAGAGACAUUUGCUCAUUCAUACUGGAGUGAGAUCAUUCAGCUGUGACAUUUGCGGAAAGCUCUUUACUCGCAGAGAGCAUGUAAAAAGACAUUCCUUGGUUCACAAAAAAGAUAAAAAAUACAAAUGCAUGGUGUGUAAGAAGAUUUUUAUGUUAGCAGCCAGUGUUGGAAUAAGACAUGGAUCUCGACGUUACGGUGUUUGUGUUGACUGUGCAGAUAAAUCUCAGCCGGGAGGUCAAGAAGGAGUAGAUCAGGUACAGGACACAGAUUUUCCUAGAGAUGAAGAGUUUGAAGAAAAUGAAGUAGGGGAGGCUGACGAAGAACUGCCUGAUGAUGUGGAAGAACAGAAUGACCAGACUCGAUGGGAUGAAUCUGGGGAAGUCUGUGUGCCUUUGGAAGACUGAGAGGGCUUGAUCAUAUAGAUGAAUUAUUUGGACAUCAUAUGGGCUGACCAUAUUGAAUUUUUGACUGAAGGCUUGGAAAAUAUGGUACAGGCUGGAUGGAAGUUAUGUUGCUGUGAAAAUAGUAGGGUCAAAGCCUUAUAGCAAAAAAGGAUUAUUAAUUUUUUAAAGAUAUUUGCACAGGACUGUAAAGCAUACAGCCAUUUGAUUGAAUUAUAGAGUCCUCACAUCUACAGUCAAUUAUCAAAAGAAUAUGUAUUUUUAUUAUUUAUAGGAUAUAGCUAUUUGGGUUCUAAUCAAACAUAGAAAUAACUAUGUUUGUGUUAGACAUUCAUGUGUCCUUUAACAUGAAUGAAGCAAAUUGCAAUCUUUGGAGAUGGCUCCUUUGAUUCCAAUCAUAGAGCAAAUGUGGCUAAUUUGGGCUAGUGCUCAUGUUUCCCGAAAGGGGAUUUGCCACACCUCCCUUGCCUUCCCCUCAGUGGGUUAAAUAUCGGGGUAUCUUGAUAAUACAGAUCUAUAUUACUUAGUAUUGUCAGGAUGUAAUUUAGAUGACCAGUCCUGGAGAACUUAAUCAUUGAUAUUUAAUUUACUAUCUGGUUUUUAGUAUCUUGAGUUCGCAAAAAGCAACUACUCUUUCACCAAAUACAAUAAUGACUUAAAACUGCAAGGAGGAUUGUGAUUGGAAUUGAAGAAAUUUUCUCCUUGUUACUUAACUUUAUAUUAGACACUUUCUGGCGUGGCUGCCCUUGUUUUAAUUUAUGUUUUGUUAGCACUAUUCAUAUUGGCUAUCAUUUUUAUUCACUACUGUAUACCUCAGUCCAUCACAAAGCUUAAGAGUCAUAGAAUCUGAGGAAGAAUAUAACAGAAAUAAAUGUAAUUGGUUUCUUUUGGUUUAAAUAGUUCAACCCAAUUUGUCUGCUUUUGUCUAGUUUUAUUAUUUGGAAAAUUAGACAUGAGGCUGUCUUUUUGUGCCCCACUGCUCUUCAUUAAAGUAAACACAAAAUGAACCUUUGCUUCUCUCCUAUUUUGGGGGUUCUUUUAUAUACCAAACAAACUACAUUAACUUGGCAGCUUAAUUUGCUGGAACCUUGUGUUUGUUUUUUUUUUAAAAAGUUAGCAUAACUGCUAGAGCUAUUUAUCCCCAAUGCUCUUUGCUUCUGUUUUUGGAUGAGAUGUUGAAACUUGAAUUUUUGUAGCCAUAAAUCUUUUCUAAACUUGUUAUAUUGUACCAAUGAUUUCAGGCCUUUUUUUCUGAGGGAAGGGAGGGUAUUGCACCUUUUUAUGCUUAGAAUUCUCAGCUUCAUCUAGCCUGAAUGCCAGUGAGCUACCUGAACUUUAGACACUGCAUUCAAUAUAUUACUAUGUCACAAUGAAUAAAUAUGCACAGCAUUUACCAUAACACAUAGCUAGGCCAGUGUGAUAGUACUGUACUAUAAGUUAAGGGGUCACCAUAUUUGAGUUUGUUAACUUUAAAAUGAGUAUAUUUUCCUAUUUUAUAUCUGAGAACUAAAUUAUGGUAGUUGUGUGGUAAACUUAAUUGCUUUGACAGAUGGAAUCUAAAUGGUGCUCCAUCUGAUCAAAGUUGAUAUAUAUAUAUAAAUAUAAAUAUAUAAAUAUAUUUAAAGAGACAGAUUUAUUAUCCCCUAUUUCAGUACAACAAUGAAAUUAUGUUAGACACUGUUUCUGCAGGAUGAAACAGCAGUUGAAUAAUAUGGGUAUAAAAUUGUAUAAACUUUUCUAUCCAAAUCCUUCAUUGGUAGAUUCCACAUCACUGUAAACCUGACAGAUGGAUAGUUCUUGGGUUUUGUUUUUAAAAACUGAAUACAUCUUAUUCUCGUUCUAGACUGAAAUGAGUAAUAUGUAAUUCUGGUGGGGUCCAAAGUAGAAAAUAGUGGGCAAAGAUAAUAUGACUGGGAAGUAUUUUAAACGUUAAGUAAAUGUUCUACUCUGUGAAUAUGUAAGUUAUAGUAUAAAGAUUCUUCCAUCCCAUUUAUUACCCUUAAAAUAGUUUACAACUGGUAGAUCUGCGUGCAUAUAUAUAUAUAUAUAUAUGUCCGAAAUCCACCUAAAUCUGCUUUAUUAGAGCAUACUACUCACUUAAUGCUUAAACUGGACCUGGCUUUACAUUCUUAAUGUAUUUUACUUAUUCUCUUGAAACCGAAUCUCCUUUUGCUACUUAAAUCAUUUAUGUAUAUCUGGUAAAUUAUGACCAAAUUUGUUGUUAGAUUGCAUACAGUAAAUUGAAAUAUACACUUGGUACACUACAGAAUUGUUGUGCUUUUUAUUUGGGUUAUUUUGCGGGAGGGGAGAAAAGUCUAGCAGAUGCACUGAAACAGUCUUCUCAUGAUCUUUGAUAAAAUGUCUCUAGACAAUCUUGGUAUUCUAAAUAAUAUUUCCCAAAGUUGCCUUUUGGUUGUUAUUGCUUGUUUCAAACAUGCAAUCUAUGAGCAUUAUGGAGGUAUGGAGUAGGCAACCAAAUUGUGAAUAGUCUCUGUGCUAGUGUUCAUGAAAUUUUGCCUUUUCUUAAUCAAGUAAAAUGUUUGAUAAGAAGUCCAUUGGAAGGCAUUUUGUUCAUUCUGCAUUUUAAGAAAGGUUCUUGUUUGUUUUAUGAACCAGCAGAUUAAUUCUUGCAUUUAAGUCUUUAUUUUUUAAGCAGGUCAAACAUAAUUUUAACAUUAAUUUAGAAACUGACCAAGUAUGGUACAGGUUCUCCAAAUAUUUCUGUUUCUGAUUUUGUAUAGAAUUAACUAUCUUGGUUAACUAUUGUACAGAGAUCUUGUUGCAUCUUUGAGACUAACUGAAAGAAAGAAGUUGGUAGCAUGAGCUUUUGUAUACUUUAGUUUAUGAAAGCUCAUGCUACCAUCUUCUUUCUUUCAGUUAGUCUCAAAGUUACUACAAGAUCUCUCUACAUGUUUCUAUUAAUUUUUUCCAAAUGAUUCUACAGAGUAAUAUGACUGUAUCUUUGAAUUGGUUAACUAUUGUUAAGUUAAACAUCUGAUCAUUACUUAUAAACAUCUCAUCAUUACAAAGUUUUUACCUUGCGCUUCUUGCAAGGGAGAUCUGCUGACUUGGUAAGCGUAAGCAUACUUAUAUUUAGCCUACACUACUUCCCAAAUUUAUGUCUUAAAUUCAUGUGUUUUUGCAUUUCACUACUAAAUCUUGUUCAUAUAGUCCAUUAGAGGACACAGUGCAUAAACUAAUGGCCAACAAGUAGUAGAUAUCUCUGCCCAGUUAUUGCUUGUGCUCUAAAAAGAGCACUGUAGAAUCAACACCAGAAAAAAUAUGGCCAAAAUACCUUCCAUGCUUCUUUUCCCUCUGUGCUGCUGUAGCAAAACCACAUAUCAAAUCUUGGUUAAAGCUCUACAAGAAAAUAAAUGGGAAAAAUUUUAUUUCCAAUAGAGAUUACGUCUUAAAAAUACAGUGGAAAACUGAAUUGGCAGCAACCACAUGAAAUUUUGCAAAUCAAUGUGUCCUUGUCUCUCCCCCCAUCCCCACCCCUUACAUCCUUUUCUAAGAGGAGACUGUGGAAGAAAUAUCUGCCUUUGAAUUCCUAAAGGAAUUUCCCCUUACUUGAGAAUUUACUGUAGAAUCAAAAUCUGCAAGAUGGGAGGGAGUUAUCAAUCAGUAUACUGUAGUUUUUGAAAGUUCUUGAUAUCACUUAGGAUGCCAUGCAAACUACAUUCUUCAAUGUGUGAUGAUUGAACAUGUGAUGUUUCAUUUGAUGUUUGUCUGUGAACAACUCAAAGGGCUUAAAAGUCAGCCUCUGAUAAACUCAGGAUACUUCAAUGUCUCUCUUCUAUUUUUCUUUUAAAGAGUGUUACUGAAACAAAGAAUUUAGUUGUAACUUACCUUGCAAUGUGACCUUUUUAAAGAUUUAGUCCUAGCUCUUAAGACCUAGAGGAAAUUUAUGAUGAGCAAAAUUUCUCAAUUUGAAGAAACAUUUGAAAAGUGAUGUUCUUAUAGUCGGUGAGCAGAUAAGUAAUGGCUUUCUGAACUUAGUUUUUUCAUGCAUGGUUUGCUGUUGAUACACCGGAGGACUCUUUCCAUUUUCUUUUCUACAGAACUUGAGACUUGAAAUGGUUGAGGUCACAGGACAAACUGUUAACUUGACUUUGCAGAAAAAUUAUGUCCUUUUUCUUUUCAGCAAUCUGGGUAAUUGAAAAAGGUGUGUUAAUUAUAAAUACUGCAAUAAAACUGUUACAAAGAAAGAAAAAGGAGUAUUCAUAAUUGGCUGACUGCAUACACAGUAAAUAUGCGUAAAAUUAUUUUCAAUAACUGACCAUUUUACUAAAUAGUUCUCUUUUAGGAAGAGGUGAUGCAAUGGUUCUGAUUAAUAAGAUUAGGAAAGGAGAUAUGAUGGUGUCUGUAUAGCCACUAUUUCCCCCCAAAAGAGCAAGUGUCUUGUCUUUUCAAAUGCAGCAACAAUACUGAAGGUUUGCGAGUAAUACCUGAUAAAAUCUUUAACAUGUGCUGGUGCAGGGCAGCAGAAUUUAGUGUUCUUUAUAGUAAUUUACUACUCAUAGGUAAAUAAGCAUGAAUACUCAGGAGUAGAAGACAACAGUAAUUAGUGGCUUCAUGCAAGAAUUGCAUAAAACCUCAUUUCCAGCCGGGCAUCUUCUUUUAGUCUCCUACUCCCCCCCC